AUGCCCAAGCGUACGCUUUUUACGAACAUCACCCCUCUGCCUCCACAGGUGUCGCGUGAAGUUGCGAUCGCCAUGCUUCACAAUCACAAUGAAAUGAUCGAGCUGAACCCCCUCGUCAUCGAGCACCAUUCGAUCAAAACACCCCGCGACGCCCCGGCCGACGAGUUCUUGGACUGUGCCUGGCAGGAGCUGACGGACAAAAUCCACUACCUACCUGGUGGACUUAUGAAGGGAAAGGUCAGCUACAAGGCCUGCUUCCACGACACUCCGUACGGUCUGCAGACACAUAUAUACGCGCCUAUGGGUUUGGACAUCCGGGAGAAAUGGUCUAUUGGAGGCUCUCUGUCCGGAGAACCCCCCGAAGCUCGAGAGCUGGGGUUGGAUGUGCCUCGACAGGGUCUGUAUCUGCGCGAAGACGGGGAUAUGAGGUGUAACAUCCUGUUGACGUCGUUCGUACGCAAGAAUCUGGACAACGCGCACAAGGUGCUGGUGGAACGGAUACUGAAGAAGGCGGAGCGUGUCGAGGAAUAUACCCAGGUGACCGGAGGAUAUCUCAUGACUCCUGCCAGUCCUCGCUUCCAGCCCGGCUCUCACAUGGCCAACUCACAAAUGCUCACAUCACCAAUCGGCCCGAGACCACCGCAUUCGCCUCAGAUGCUGUCGCCUCAGCAGAACCCGGGCUGGCAGACCAUGGCGAAUCAUCCUGCCUUCCGGCCGGACGAAAAGCGAUACAGUACAAUGAGCCUCCCGCCGUAUCAACCCAGUUACCAACAACAGCAACAACACAUGAGCUAUUACGCUCCGACACAACAGCACCCGCAACAGCAACAAGCAGAACCCUCUAAACAGUUCAUGGCCGAAUUACCUGGCUCGACAUUUCACGCUGGGCAUCUCGCUCCGCCGGUGCAGCCCCACAGUCCCCCCCUUUCCGACAGCCGGAUGAGCAUGGUGUCCGAGUUGUCGGGCGGUUCAGAGGGGACAGCCAGGGGCUCUCCCAAUCCGCAGGCACUGUCAGAACGAUCGAGUAUGAUAUCGGAGGUGCCGAGUCCUUACAAACAUCACUCGCAGGAGAACACAGUCGAAGGAACCCACUCUGUGUCUGACCGGACAAGCAUGAUCUCCGAACUGCCCUCGGCGCAAAAUAAUGUGCACGUCUCCCAGUUGCGCCGGUAA